AUGAGGAAUAAACGGGGUUUCCGGAACAUUGUGAUAUUUGAAAGCCGGGACGAGGUCGGGGGGAAGACGACCUCUAGAUUGUACAGGAACGUGUGGGUCGACCUUGGGACGGUCGGUCUGACAGAGUCCUAUGACAAAACUGUGGACCUACUGGAAAAAUUCAACACGGGGUUCGAAGUCCGGCCGACACUUCCAGGAGCUACAUGGCUGAACAGAAAGGAGUACAGACCUACCAUUGAAACAAUUCCGGUCCCCAUUGAAAGAAUACAGCAAGCCUCCCAGCGUUAUACUGUUCUUCACCAAUGUUUCUUUGGGACUUACGACAGCGAGCUUAUGCCGCGACCUUCUCCUGAAAUUCUGAGGAAGAUUCAUGGAUCAAUAGAGGAAUUUCUUCUGAGGUACAACUUGACUGACUUGCAACCAAUAUUCUUUGCUGCCAUUACACUUAACGGAUAUGGAUUUCUUAACGAGACUUCCGCCAUAUAUGGAUUGACAUAUGUAACCCCUUUAGUAGUACAGUCCUUUUUUAGGCCCGAGAGGGGAGCAUACAGACUAUUUGGUGGCUGGCAGAACCUCUGUCGCGAAAUAGCAAGACGUAGCAACGUUGAUAUUAGGCUUAAUAUAAAUAUCAAACGGAUUGAUAGGAAAAAUGGAGUUCAAAUAGUGUACAGUAAAAAACACUCUGGGCAGACUUAUGUUGACGACUUUGAUUUUCUCAUUCUAACCCCAGCCAUGAAUUCUUUAUUCAAAGUUGUGGAUUUUAAUCAGCAUGAAUUAAGCAUUUUUUCUCACCUACGAAAUUUGUUUUAUUUAAAAUCCGUUAUCAAUUCCAUUAGCCCCGGAAGAAGAUCCAUUUCUCCUCUCGACACCUACUUGUACGACUUUCAGAAUGUCGAGUACAGUGUGUAUAGGACUGUUAACCCGCAUCAACUCGAGAACAAUAUAACGGGCGUAGAUUAUCAGCUUGGAUUGCGGGAAAACGUUGAUCCCGAUGGAAGUCAGUACGAGACAAGUGUGUAUGUUCAGACUGGAAAAUCUAACCCUUGGAAACCAGACGUCGAUGCUCACAUUCAAACAAAACUAUUCGAACAUUUGCGAGAUUUCAAAAAAAGCAACCCGGAAGUCGUCGAGCAGGUCAAAUGGGGAUACUACUUCCCAAACUUUCCACCGGAAGCUGCGACUGGAGGUGCAUUGUGGGAUGUUCUAGAUAUGCAGGGACAUUAUAACACGUGGUACAUAGGUUCGUCUGUAUGCUUUGAUGCAAUAGAGAGUGUGUUUGAAUACAACUACUUGAUACUAAAAUUGUUUGCAUGAUUUAUUAUCCAAGUUUUCUUUUCUUCAGUCAAAAUGAUUCAUGAGAGGUUUUUUUGAUUGAAAUUAUACCUGCUAAAUUAAAUAAAAUCAAGAUUUAAACAUGA